CGAAGUCGGACAACAAUCUCAUCGUCAUCGUCCCAUAAGGGUUAAACGGUAUUGGUGAGGUUUUGUUCGUGUCGUCGGUUUUUCCGAACCUCGGCCCCAAAACGACGCACGAACGACGACGACCGACUCAUGGAAUUUUCAUCGGACCAAACCAAACCAGUCAGUCCUUUCUUUGCAAUCAGCUUGCUCGGUGUGGCGUGUGUGGCCCCGUGUUCCGUGUGCUCUGGUGUCGUCACCGUUUGUGCCCUCCUUCUCCGCGGACUGCCCUCAGCUACAGAACGGCAGGGUGGGGGCAAACACAUUUCCUAAGCAGAAGAGUGACAGAAACAAUGGAACCAUUAGCACAGUGAACGGAGAAGCAACCAAGGCAGUAGGGAGUGCAAAAAACACACCGAAAUCGCAACACAAAAAACUCUCCAUCUUUCCAAUCAGCAGUAAAAAGCAAGUGUAGCGAGUGCGUGCGUUCUUUUUGAGUUAAGUGUUUCGCGUUUGACUGUUACACGCUGAGUUUUCUAAAGUAAUCGCGUGCAAUCGAGUUAAGUGUAUAUUAGCAAAAGCAAAGUAACUCGCAACUACCCAGCUGUGUCCACUAAACGGUGGAAAAGGGCUGCGCAGAAGUACGCGGUGCGCUAGCAACAAAAGCCGGAGGAAAACCAGGAAAAAAGGCACUGUUGGACGCACCGUCUUGAAGCACUAACCGGGGGGAAUCGCUUCCCGAGGCGUGUAGGCAAUGGCCGUGAAUAGCUGCAGUGACAACUUUCACUCGAGAGCUGCUGGAAAAUUAGCUACGUAAUAGCUGUGCGCUUGGCGUGGUACGGUUGGAUGUUUCGUCGUCGUCGUCCAUCUUAAAGUGUGCUUCCGAAUGUGGCGCAUCACAAAUCACAUCGCUAGAGCCUGAAAACACACAAAGAAAAGAAAGCUUAAGAAAAGCACUAAACGGCAGCUUCAAGUUCAAAGUACACUCACCCACCCACCCACAGCACACACCAACCCACUCACACACACCAACACACACACGCACACAAUGUCAAAUUAAAUUCUCCCGGCGUCGAUUAGCGUAACAUGCGUGAAGCUUUUCCAAGUCUUCCAUUUGAUAACAUUACCGAAGAGAAGCUACUACUACUACUACUGCUAGCGGCCCGGCCAAGCCCGACGGCGCAGCACGAACCGCCGAACGACGACGACCACGACCGGCGGCCGGACGAGCUGACGAUAAUCGGUGAAAAGAUAAUAAUUAAUCGUGAGGGUGAAACAAUUAAGCAAACAUUGGUGGAUAACGAGCACGACCAGCCGACGCUCCAGAAGAAUGCUGUACUUGAUACUGACGACACAGCGCAAAGCCACGCUGGCCAUCUGCCAGCAGCAGUCCUCACGGCAGCAACAGCAACGGUGGCUGCUGCAGCAGCAGCAGCAGCAGCAGCAGCAACGACGACGACGGCCACGACCUCACCCUCCGUCAGCUCGACCACCCAGCAGCAGCACCAUCAUCACCACCAGCAGCAGCAUUACUCGGUGGCGGCUUCCGCCUCGGCCACCGCGGCGGCCGCCACCUUCUCCACGACAGCCUCCGCCGCCGCCGCCGCCGCCAACUCGAUCUCGAACAGCAGCGGCACGGCACUAGCGGUGGCCCCCGUACCAUUCUCGGGCGAGCUGGAGGAGCUGCAGAACAUACUGCACUUUCCCGAGGAGGUCGCGCUUCGCAUCACCGACAUGGAGUAUCAGCUGUUCUACCAGGUAUCGCCGAUAGAUUUCAUCAACGAGGCCAUCCUCGAGCUGAAGAAGGAACGGUGCGGCGGUGGUGGCCGUGAGGGCGGAAGCUUCCAGUCGCCUUUUAGUAGCUUUAUAUCGUCACUGAAUCCCAUACGCAAACGAUUCGAUGAGACCAGCGCGUGGACCAACUAUAUUGUGCUCUCACAAGGUACACAAGACGAACGAAAAGCGGCCUUUGCAUGUCUGUUGCGUGUUGCUAUUUCAUGCUGGAAUAUCGGAAACUUCAAUGGUGCUAAAGAGAUAGUGGAUGGUCUGAAAUCAAUCAAAAAGGAAGCAUUCUGGACGUCGGCCACGGAUCGCACGGGACGGAACACGGUGUACGAGUUUCUUACGACCGUGUUCGAUAGCUUCGAGUAUGAUAAUGCGGUUACGCGGGCCCUGGCCAUACCCACGUGUCGCAUGAUACCGUACUUCCGGAACCACGUCGAGGAGAUCAAAACGCUGCUACUGACCGUGCCCCAGUCCACGGACGUCGGUGACCACCCGGUGGAGAAGUAUUUCCUCGGCGAGGUGAAAGCGCUACCACUGCGGGAGGAUGAAGAGUUCGUUGCGCGACUACUGCCACUGGCAUUGCCGAUCGAUUACCGGGUGCGGACACCGGUUCCCACCGAUGUCCCGCCGGACAUCCCGUCGGACGAAUCGACCGAACCGCUGCUUCUGCCCGACGAACGGGACGAGUCGCGGGGCGGUGUGACAGCGGCGGAGGAGGAUCGCGAAGAGCUGGUGGAGCAGAUACAGAUGAGGGCGGAACCGGCCGUCAGUCGGCUGGGCGCGUUCAUCGAGCACCAUGACCAGCUGUGCCGGGAGCUACCGCACAGCCUACUGGAGUACCUACGGGCGGCGGCCAACAGCCCGCGCCAAACGAAAACCCCGCUCUACAUCUACCAGCCCUCGAACCUGCAGGAACAGGAGGAGGACUACGAGGUGGAGAUCGGCAACUACAAUCCGGUGCAGCCACUGUUCUACGACCACGGGAUCAGCAUCAUACCGCUCUCGUCGAAGCAAACCAACGCCAUCGAUCAUCACAUCCUGCAGAUCCUGCACCAUGGCACCACGUGUGUACUGUGGGAACCGGAGACACCGUCGGACCGGUCGUCCUACGUAUACCUGCGGCUAGAGCGCUCCUGUUCGUUCGUUUCGUGGCAGCGGACGGCCUGGCGGCGAAUCAAAUCCCAACAAGACUUUAGCCUUAACGUCAACCCGGAGGAGAUAGUGGCGUGGAAGUUUGCCAAUCGCUAUGCAUCGAACGUCGGCGAGCUGGAGGGCCAGUGCCAGAACCUGGACGAGGGCAUGCUGGAUCUCGGCACGAUCAAGGAAAUCAAUAUGGGCUCGCGGAACCACGAGUACGACGCGGAGAUACUGGCGGCCGGCAAGCGCUUCGGUCUCACGCACGUCGAGUGCUGCGUGACGCUGCUGUACGGUAACUCGGCGAGCGAAAACCGGAUACUGUGCAUCCUCUGCCCGCCGAUGCUGUGCCGGGCGUGGUACGUCGGGCUGAACUGGAUGCUGCGCGGCAUCCGGCGGCAGCAGAUACUCAUCGACCGGUCGAUGCUGUGGCUGAAGGAGCUGUACAUACAGCUGUACUUCGAGGAGGGCGCAUGCAGCGAACCGAGCGUGGCCGAUGCUAUCAAAGCGUUCGGCGGUCGCUGUUACGGCCUGUCAUCCAUCAAGUCGUGGUCCGGCUCGCAGAUAAAUGAUGCGAGCGAGCCCAGCCCUGCCGUCACGAAGAAGGACUCGUCGACGACCAAAAUACGCAAGAAGCGAUCCGUUGCUAACUUGCUCACCCAAACCGCCAACCCGACCGGAAGUGGGAGUGGCAGUGGAGGCGGUAGCGGUAGUGGAGGCGACACAACGCCUUCCGAUACGAUGCUGCUGGACACGCGCGACUACCGGACGCGGUCCAUCGAGCGACGGCGCGAACGGAACGGCUCGAACGAUCAGCUCUGGCAGAACGUGAAGCAUCUUCGCAUCGGGUCGGUCACCUACGAUACUCAAUUAGAUUUUUUAAGCUUCGUCUCACUGUAUCGAUCGUUUAGCCUAAUUGCACGACAGGACCUGCGUGAUAUUUUCGACCAGCUCUCGGUGACCACCAUAUCGCGGACGACGCUGAACGGGGAGAAGAGCCGAAGUGCUCCAGAGCUAUCGGAAGCCAUGGUCAAGAAAAAGAUCGGACUUUUGACACGCAAUUGCUCACUGGAUAUGGAUCUGACCGAGGCGAAACACACGCAGAAAAAGUAUUUCGACGCAAUAGCGGCCUCGAGCAUCGCACACAUUGCCGCCAGCAACGAUUUCCUGUCGUGCAGCAACAAGGUUAUCACGAUAUCGACGCUGAAAAAGUUUCUCGAAACGCGCCAGAUGGAAAUCAAAACCGAUGAGGAUGUGAAAGCCAUUAUACAGCGUCACGAACCGGAGGCGGCACAUCGCAUCGAAAACUGUCUCAGCUUUGAAGGAUUCGCCCGGUACAUGAUCGAUAAGGACAACUACGCGUUUCUGAGUGAAAUCAUGCCGGAAAGCACCUACAUGAACCUGCCGAUGUCCCACUACUACAUUGCGUCCUCGCACAAUACGUACCUCACCGGGCAUCAGCUCAAGGGUGAAAGCUCGGUCGAGCUGUACAGUCAGGUGCUGCUAACAGGUGCACGCUGCGUUGAGCUCGAUUGCUGGGAUGGCGACGAUGGUACGCCGGUCAUCUACCAUGGGCACACGUUCACCACCAAGAUUCCCUUCCGAGCCGUCGUAGAAGCAAUAAAUAAAUCUGCCUUCAUUCAAUCUUCCUACCCCGUGAUACUUUCCAUCGAGAACCACUGCUCGGUGCAGCAGCAGCAACGGAUGGCUAACAUAUUUCAGGCAAUCUUUGGUGAGAAGCUGGUGACUAACUUCAUGUUCGAUCAGGACUACAGCGAUGAACCGUACCUACCGUCGCCGCUAUCGCUCAAGCACAAGAUACUGAUCAAAAACAAAAAGCUUAUCGUCGAAAUACCGGCAACCUUAUCAACCGGUUUAACACGACAGAACACCUUCAAACAAUCGAAUUUAUCCAGCAGAGCCAGUUCAAUUAUAUCAAACACUAGCGGUAGUUCGCUGAAUGAAGAGUUUAGCGAUGACGAGUACGAGGAUGAUGACGAUUUUGACAAUAUUGAUGAAAAAACAUAUCAUACAACUUGGGGAUCAAUAGAAGAUAAGUAUAGGCAUAGUGUGUGCCAUUCCAACAUCACGCCGACAAAGUCGAAAGUCCAAGACCAGGACGAACGAUCCCGCAAGCGCAGCAACCAGAUUGCCCGAGAGCUCUCCGACCUGGUGAUUUACGUGCAAGCAAUAAAAUUUCGCGGCCUGAACCCCUACAGCCCGCACAACUCAAUACGUGCCAACCCGAAGCAGCAGCAGCAGCAGCAGCAGCAGCAGCAGCAGCAACAGCAACAGAACCAGCAAAGUCAGCAGAAUCUGCCGACUGGUCAGCAAAUCUCGCAACAGCAGCAGAAUGUGCUGAAGACGAGCGGGUCCGUCGUGACCGUUGGGAGCAUCCUGAAGAACAGCUCCGGCGACACGCUCAGCUUGCCCUCGUCCAGCCAUCUGUCGGACAGCUUGUCGCUGAGCUACGAUGCUGCCAGCAUCAGUGGCAGCGAAUCGCAUCUGCCCCCGUUAUCGAACUCGACUCGAAACCGCACUCUACCGAACGCGAACCAUCCGUGCUACCAGUGUUCCUCGAUCAACGAGGCUAGUGCGAAGAAACUGUGCCGGAAGGACCCGCUGGGACUGAUCGCACACACCGAGUCGCAGCUGAUGCGCACCUACCCGGCCGGCUUGCGGAUAGACUCGUCCAACUUUAAUCCGGUGUUCUUCUGGGCAUUCGGCAUACAGAUGGUGGCGCUCAACUACCAAACCGAGGACAUUCCCAUGCACAUCAACAAGGCAAUGUUCGAGGAAAACAAUAGCUGCGGGUACGUGCGGAAACCGGAUGUGCUGUGGAACCGGUCGCAUCUGAUGUACCGACGGUACAGCCCGCUGGAGAAAGAGUUCGACGGGCUGCACGUGACGCAGCUCGUGCUGAACAUCGUGUCGGGCCAGUACCUGAACCAGUCCAGCCUGUACUCGAGCACGUUCGUGGAGAUCGAGCUGCUCGGGAUACCGGUCGACUGUGGCAAGCGCAAGACGAAGAUCAUCCGCAAGAACUCGUUCAACCCGCUCUGGAACGAAACGUUCUACUUCAAGAUCAUGUUUCACGAUCUGGCGUUCCUCAAGUUUAGCGUGUACGAUGCGGAAACUGGGCUCGUGAUCGCGCAACGUGUGAUAUCGCUCAAGUGCAUUCGGCCCGGCUAUCGGCACGUGCGGCUCCGGUCGCCCACGAACCAACCACUCAACAUGGCCUCACUGUUUGUGUACACGCGCGUCGAGGAAGAGAGCCUCGACCGAUCGUACGACGAGAUCGACGAGCAGUAUCUGCAGCAGCGGGGCGAGAAAAAUCGUAGCGGCCGUGGAAAUAACAGUGGCAGCGACGGCGGUGAUGUGCCCGUACUGUUCGAGGCGAGUCGACUGGACGUGGCCAACAGUCUGGAGAGCAAGGUGCCGCAGCUGAAGCGAAAAAUGUUUUUUCUCACCGUGUACGACGUGGUGCCGGACAAACCGUACACGAUCCUGAAGAUCACACAGGAAAGCACAACGAAGGACGUGCUGACGCAGGCGAUGCAGAAGAUGAACAAGUCGGCGCAGGACAUGUCCAACUUCAUACUCAUCGAGGAGGUGUACCGGGGCUGGGAGAAGAAGGACCGGCUGCUCCCACCGAGCCAGCGCGUACUCGACAUGACGGAGAAACCGCUCCAGGCGCAAGGCCACUGGAAGGGUGAGGGACGCUUCAUUCUGAAGAAGAUCGGCAAUGAUCCGAGCAGCCGUGCCUGGGUUACGUCCAUCCGGCGAACGACCGAUCGGCGUGCCUCGAUCGCUGCCACUAUGGCCGGAGCGGUAGGCGGAGCGGCCGGUGCUGCUGGCACCGGAAAGGAACCCACGGCGGAUGAUCUGCUAGCGCUCGAGAACGUGGACAACUUCCUCGUGUGCGUGUACAAUGUGUCGCAGGACAUCCCGUACGCGAUCUUGCGUGUGCCGAUGAAGUCCACCGCACAGGACGUGUUGGCGCAGGCGCUGCUGAAAGCCCGCCGGCUCGACAACCCGAACAACUUUGUGCUGGUGGAGGAGCUCAACUACAGCAACAAGAGCAACGACACGAUGCAGCGCAUCCUGCUGGACGACGAGAAUGUGUACGUGACGCAAGCGAACUGGAAAACGAUCGGUCGCUUCGUCAUCCACGAGCGCAGCCAGCUAACGCCGUCGACGAUCCGCAAAACGAUCCUGCCGAUCGAGAAGAUUAGCCGCGGGUUUAGCAUCAGCCGUGGAUCUUCGUCCUCCUCUACCUCGGUACACUCGCUAGCGUCCAAAUCACCGAUCCAGGUCGCGCUGAGUGAUCCUACCGCCUCUUCGUCACGCUUCAAAUCACGAUCGGCCGGAGCUCACGAAUCGGCAUCCGGAUCCGGAUCGGGCGUGGGGACAAAGUCACGCCACCAUGGCCACGGACGGACAAAGUUUUGCUCGGAAAAGGACACCUCGUUCUCGAGCACCAGUGCCGGGAAUGCUGGGUCCAAGUCGGUCAACCGGCGGGAGGUUCACUCGGAGGGUGAAACGCUCAGCGACGAGGAAACGAAGGAAUCGGACAUUAUGUCAACGAUGUCCCGGUUCAAGCGUAUGUCGAUCAAGAAGCUAAAGUCCUGGAAAUCGUAACUCGGUACCUCGUGGAGCGUUCCGUUCCUUUCGGCGAAGGCUAGCUAAACACCCGGAAGAGGAAGUGAACACAGUGCACAAACGCAAAGUUGCGCCACGUUACUUACUUUUCUCUCUCACACACACACACACACACAUGGCAGCAGAGCUGCAACCAAACUUCUAAGCAAAACAAACACCUAUACUCUAGGAACUCGUUUUACUGCUAUCAGCUACACGCACGCGCACAACACACCCAUCUAUUGCUACACUAUUAUAUCGCGCUUGCGUUUGUAAAAGGCUUUAAGCUUCGAAGGCGGCAAAGGAGCGAGAUGAAAAGAAAAUGGCGCGCUUGGUUCUUGCUUCAAUCACUAGGACAUUUGAUAGCACGAUACCGCCUCCAGUAGGAUUAUGUACACACACACAGACUCACAUUCACACCUAUGUCUUGUAAGGGUAGGACCAUCCCCAAACUACUGUUUCCUGUGAUUUUGUGCCCAUCUUCACGCUGUUCUUCACGCCCUCCACCUCCCCAUGUUUUAAUCGAACGAAUGGCUAGUAGCAGCAGCAGCAGCAAUAUUAUGAAGGGAAACGGCGCGCACAACUACACGCGAUUAUUAUAGGCAUAACUCUAGGCGCACAACAUUGGCAAGCGGGUGGCGUGCGUGGAGCGUGGCGUACGGAGAAGGAACAAACAGUCGUAGCAUAUUCUAAUCAUGUUCUCACACUAACUCUCACCUCACCCCACGGUUAAAACUAGCCUGUCUGAUAUGCAAACAAAUUAACAAACUCGUUUUGCGACACUAUGAUAGAUUCAAUGUCCGUGCUAAACAGCAACCAAAAAAAAAAAACAAAAUAAAGAUGGCGACCGUAGUACUUUAGCGCAUGGGACGCUGACAGUUGACGAAGAUAUAUGAUAGUACUAGCAGUAAUUGAAACAGUAAUCUUAAACCCCACUCAUCCGUGGAAGAAGGCAGAAAAUAAUAAGAAAGAAUAAUAGCAACAAGAGAAAGCAACACACCCACACACACACACACACGCAUGUUGAUAACACGUUAAUAAAUAUUUAAUAAGCUAGCGUGGAGAGUUCCGGAAACCGAGUCCAAAACACACAAACACACAAAAAAAAAGAUAUAUUGGAGGCAGGAGGAAAACACUAUAGAAUAGAAGUGAAAGUGCAGUAAUAAUAUCAAGAUGAUAACAAAAAAAAUAACUAAUGGACGGAAAGAAACGAAGGAAAAACAAUCGUCGGGAAGUGUAUGCACAGAAGGCAGAAGAAACAAACCAUGUGAUAAUAAAAAGAAAGAAAGUUUAAAUUGGAUAUACAUUUUUGAAGUAUCAGAUUGACCUAUUCUUUCAAAACCAACUAACUAAAGAACAUUGAACGAAUAGUAGGAAAGUAGGAGGGAAAAAGUGUUAUAUUUUGUAUACACCUACUUACAGAAACACACACGCACACUACCACCACACAGGCACACCAUAUCCAUACACAGGCUCGCUCUCUCUGCAAAACAGGAGGGACAGUUAUACAAACAAAAAACACGAACCAAAAAAAUACAUAUUCUCCAUAGUGUACCGUAGUAGCAAAACGAUUCAUUGUUGUUGGAAGAACUUGCUCUUGUUGUAUAUCAAACCGAUUGAACCACGUGUACAAUAUUCCCGUAGGAGAAAAGAAAAGUAAACGGAAACCCCAAAAAAUACACGCCAUAGACGCCAUUGUAAAGCUACAUUUUAUCAUCAUCGGGGAGCCAUAAAUUAACUCAACAACCACAACAACAACAAACAAACACAAAAUAACAAAAUGGAAUGAAACCAUAUCCACAAAAGAAUAAAGGGGACAACCACAACCAAACACAACAAUAACAAACAAAAAAACAAAGCAAAUAACAUGCGAAAUAUACACUCAAAUAGUGAAAAAAAAAUGAAUUACUAGUAGUGAAUAAAACAAAAAAGCUGCUUCAUUUUAAUAACAUUUUGCAAAAACAAACCCCCCCCCGAAAAAAAAAAAGGAGCAAAUUAACUGUAAAAUUCUUCAGCCCAGGUGGCACGGGUGGCAGCAGCGUUAGCCACCGCUAUCUGUUCUUUCUUCCCAAACAGACAAACAAAAAACCGCCAAUUGCCGCCAAUGUUAAUAGAGGAGUUCUCUUUUUUAACUUGUUGUUCAAAUGAGAAAAGUAAGCACAAAAAAAAAUAAUCAAACCUAACAAAGCAAAGCAAAGCAAAGAAAGAAGAAGAAGAAGAAAGAAUACAUACACAAAGAAACCAAAACAAACGAGCAAAGAAAUAUAGAAGUUAAACGUAUUUGAAGAAAAUAAUUAACUAAUGCGCUUUACUUUCAUUUAAUGAAAACAAGAGAAAACAAACAAACGUAACGUAGAUAACUUAGAUGCAUCGCGGGGUCGAUUGAUACUAGCAUAGUGUACUGUUCAUAACAAGUAGUCAACCCCCACUCCCUCCCCCCUUUACCACCCACCCUCCACCCACUUUCCCCCACAUAUCCCUUGUGAUCAAAAAACGUACACAUACAGCCCAUAUACAGUUAUAGCUAAACACACCUGAACCACGACAAAAAAAGCCGAAAACAAGCCAUAUCCUACACCAGACCCGGUACUUCGAAAACGGACGAAGCAUGGAGAAGCUUCGAUAAAAGAAAGAAAAAAGAAAACCCACAAAAAACAAAGAAACGGCACAAGAAAACCAACAAGCUAACCCACUAACAAAUUAACAAAUUUAGCGUUACACGGAAUUGAAAAGCAAAGGAAAAUAAAAUACAUAACAGUUUAUUCUUGAUGUUUAUAUGUGUCAAUCUGAGAUUUGUACGAAUAUUUAUAUACAACACAUUAUGGAGCGAUCACACGAGGAAAAAGCUCGCGACAAAAUGCUCGAGACAAGAAAACGAAAGAGGGAAAGCAACACCGAAACACACACACACACGUGCACAAACAAAAAUACACACGUCACACACAUGCAUAAAACGAUAAGGGGUAACAAACAAAAAACAAAAAAAUGGGAAACUUCCCGCAAGCAAUGCAUUAGUUGUUGCAAGUUGCAAAAAUAAUAAGAAUAAUAAUAAUAAUAAUAAUACUAAUAUUAACAAAUAAACUAAUGAAAAUAAUGCAAAAAAAAACAAAACAAACAAACAAAACUAAAUAAAAACAAAGUAAUAAAUAUAUCAGACAUUAUGAUAAAUUAAUAUUAACGGUAACGGAUAACAAUAGUAAAAUGGAAAAAAAAACAAACACUAGUAGAGAGUAAUUUAAAACUUAAUAACAGUGCAGCAAGUGCAACAGGUUAGAUUUUUUUAAAUAAUAAAACGAAAAA